AUGUCAAAGACCAAGAUUUCAACCUUUACGUCAUUUGAAGAUAGGUUGAACCGCUUCGCCAUGUUGGACAGCGCUAUUAGAGCGGUAGCUGUACUAGUGAGGUGUUGUUACAGGCGCAAGGGACAUGACAUAGAUGAUGUUGAGAUCAAAAGAGUCGCUGAGAGAAAUCUCCUGCAUGCUGUCCAGAAAGAAGCCUUCUGUGAUGAAAGACAGCAAAUCAAAUCUGACAAACAUGCUGUGUCAAAAUCUAGCCGCCUGAGUCAAUUAGAUCCAUUUCUUGACAAACAAGACCUCCUACGGGUGGGAGGACGCAUGAAGAGGUCUGAAAUGGUGUAUGGAGUUAAGCACCCUAUUAUCCUUCCGAAGGGUAGUAGACUUUCCAUGCUUGUCGCACUUCACUAUCAUGCGAAGAUUUCUCACCAAGGUAGAAAUAUGACCAUCAACGCAAUCAGAUCAAGUGGAUACUGGAUCAUCGGUUGCAGAAGCAUUGUCUCAUCUCUGAUCGGCACAUGCACCCAUUGCAUUAGACUAAGAGGCAAGUUGGGUGGACAGAAGAUGGCUGACCUUCCAUGUGAACGACUUGAGCCAUCGCCCCCUUUCACUUAUUGCGGUCUGGACUGUUUUGGUCCAUUUGUAAUCAAAGAAGGGCGCAAAGAGCUCAAGCGCUAUGGCCUCAUCCUGACAUGCAUGGCAAUGAGAGCCAUUCAUGUGGAAGUAUUGGAUGACAUGUCAUCCGAUGCAUUCAUCAACGGACUGAGAUGUUUCAUUGCUAUUCGAGGAAACGUAAGGCGGAUUCAGUGUGACCAGGGCUCCAAUUUUGUUGGAGCCAAGCAUGAACUGAAACAAGCUCUCCGUGAGAUGGAUGCGGACCAUGUCGCCCGCAAUCUUCUGGAGCAGAACUGUGAGUUCAAAAUGAAUCCUCCUUCCUCUAGCCAUAUGGGAGGUGUAUGGGAGAGACAAAUCAGAAAUGUGCGCAAUGUUCUCAAUGGAUUAUUGGAACAGUGCGGAACGCAGUUGAAUGUCUCCUCUCUACGGACAUUUCUCUAUGAGGCCAUGGCUAUCGUAAACAGCCGUCCAUUGAGUGUGGAUAACCUGGAAAGUCCUGAUGGUCCUCUUCCGUUGACUCCCAAUCAUGUUCUGACCAUGAAAUCCGGUCUUAUACUGCCUCCACCUGGAAGCUUUGAAAGGGAGGACAUCUAUCUCCGCAAAAGAUGGCGUCGAGUCCAAUACUUGACACAGUUGUUCUGGACACGAUGGCAGAAGGAGUACCUGCACACGCUUCAACCAAGAAAAACUUGGACUGAAAAGAAGACCAAUGUGCACGUAGACGACAUAGUACUCUUGAAAGAUGAAGCCAUUUGUCGGACAGAUUGGAGAGUUGCGAGAGUCAUGGAAACAAUGUCCAGUGAUGAUGGUCUAGUCCGGAAGGUGCGACUUCUCAUGGCGACCCCAGACUUGGACAAAAAAGGUAAGCCAGUAAAUAAGAGGACAACUCUUGAAAGGCCAGUACACAAACUGGUAGUUUUGAUCCGCAGCACCGACAAGGCGAUUGAAGACUAA